UGAGAGGCUGUUGUACAAAAAGCGACGAGUGCCGCGGGAAAGUAGUCAUUUAUGCUCAACCGAGAGUGAGCGAAAGCGUCCUUAGGCCAAAGGGUCAUCGCGACGUCGUGUCUCCAAGCUGUGGGACAAUGAGAACAAUAGACAGAAAAUACAGCGGUGGACAACUUUUCAUAUACUUAGCUUUAUGAACAAAAUACAUAUACGAGCCUUGAGUAGUCACAAUGAUUGACGCAGAGAACCCUGCAGGUGAUUAUAUUGGAAGUGAUGGGAUCAUCGACACUCGGCCAGAUAAGUCCUCGCUUUCGCCAAAAGAACUGAAAAAAUUGGAAAAAGAAGAGAAAAAACUUCAAAAAAAGAAAAACACAUGGAAAGUUUUUGUCGAUUUUUUGUUGCGGCAUAUCACGAUAGUAACAUCUAAAUUUUCAGCUUGGGAGAAAGAUGAAUUUGAGUCGUUUAAAGCUGCCCUGGAUAAGGCACAAAGACUCGAUGACAAAGAUUCUGAAACUGUAGCAAAAACGUAUAAGAAACUAAAGGAAAGAGCAGAAAUACUGUCCACGAAACGAUACUUCGGAGAAUGCAACAGAAUCCGAAAAUAUAUCGAUCUAGUUGCCAGAAUGCGAUGUCUAAAUUUGAUAGCUCGAGACUUUUACAAAUCAAUUAAAAAGGGAAAACUGGAACCACUGGAAAAGAUUCUUAACCAUUUACAAUAUUGGAAAGGAUUUACGGUCACUACAUUUGAUCUCGGAGAAGUUAGUCCGAAAGGAUUGGAACGAAAUCAUCCAACUGCAAAGUACGUGAUAUGGAUCUGCCUCGUUCGUACAUUACUCAAUCUUGGACAAAAAUUUCUACAAUGCGCUUCAGAACUUACCGAGAUUCCGUUGGUUACCGCUUCCUUUUAUGUCAGUUUUAACCUCACCGCUGAACAACUUGUCGUUGGAACUCGACUUGAGGAAAUUCUGGCAACUCAUGUAUCUAAAGCAACAGGCGUACAAUCUGCAAGAAGUUUCGGAAAUGACAGGAGCGUCAACUUGAGUGGAAUGGCUUCCGCUUUCGAAGUUGGUGGUUCUCGCAAGAAGAUAGCAUUUGGCGGGAACAAGCAAAUAGAACCACUUCCUGGUGAGGGCGAAGAGUUCACCUUUGAACUCCCAGAAGAACCGCCCAAAGAUAAAAAGAAAAAGGGGAAAAAGAAGGGGAAGAAGAAAGGUGGUAAAAAGAAGAAAAAGAAAUAAUGUUAUUGUUUUUAAUGCAAGCAAUAUUUAAUUUAAAUAUACACUAGUUAAAUUAAUCACCAUUGCCAAAUAUUAGUAAUACUUGUGAUACUGCUGGAAAAAAUAUAUUUUGUCUCUGUUUUUUACAUUUACUAAUAAAU